UCUUUCUAUAUUCCCACAAACACACUUUCCCUCGAAUCAGUCACACCGAACGCGUUCGAAUAGCAACAUUUGCUUCGACAGCUCUUCUACACGCACACAACCAUACCGUUCCAUACCACCAUUAGACACCUCCACUACCCCGCCAUCCAACCUGUUGGUCAAUCAAACACCAUCAUCAUCAAUCGCUUGCGGGGUUCGCUCGAUCGUGCUCAUAACUACCCAUUCCUCCACAGCAGGCAGCUCGUUCGCUUGCCGUGUAGUUAAAAAAUAUAACAAUCCACCGGAUAGCUCCCCGAGACAGCAGCAAUGGCCCCGACGGAUCUGCAGCAGUACAGCUUGGCGCAGGUGGCCGAACACAACAAACCGAACGACGUGUGGAUGGUCAUUCACGAUAAGGUGUACGAUGUGACCAAAUUUCUUGCCGAGCAUCCCGGUGGCGAGGAGGUGCUGAUCGAGUUUGCUGGCAAGGAGGCGACGGCCGACUUUGAUGACGUUGGACACAGCACGGACGCGAAAGAACAAAUGAAGCAAUUCCUCGUGGGUGAAAUACUUGAAGCGGAACGGAAAAAGAAGGUCACCACUGGACAAACUGAUCCCUCGAACGCCGCCGCCUCCUCCUGGUUUGGAUCGAUAAAGGCGAAGCUUUUCGGUUGAUCCCCCCUCCCCCCGUCCGCGGCACACUAAUUGCUGUCCUCGCUGGUGUGUUCCUAUUUGUAGAUUUCAUCUUUAAACUCCCGUCCUCUGCACACACACACACACAAACACCCCAAACCCUAAGAAAAGGGGGGAGAAAGAGCCGUGCAGUAUGGGAGGGGACAACGUUUUAGCAUAAUUUUAGUACACAUACACAACACACACACACACACAAUUGGUGCUGGUAGUCGAAUUCGCGUCGAUUCGGUUCGGUUAAUCUCUUUUCGGUUCUGGAAGCACAUUCCCAUCACUUGGCUGUUAUGUGUGUUAGGUUUUAAACGACGGGAGGGAAGGCGUGCAAAGUACUUUAUUAUGUGUUUUUUUUUAUUAUUAUAAUUUUGCUCAAAAAUCGAAUAAAAAAUGACUGUGACAAAGAAGAAAGGAUCAGGCCGGUGGAAGCAGGUCCCUCUGUUUUA